UUGCGAGUCUUGCGCUCAGUUUCUUCAAGAAUAGCAACGGGAGUUACAAUGGCCCGGGCGGCGGCUCAGGCGCCGGCGGCUUUCAUGGCCCGGGCGGCGGCUCAAAUUCCGGUCCUCAGAACGGUCAAGGGGGCUUUAAUCAACAGUCUGGUCAGGGAAAGCGCGCUCAUCGAGUUCAUCCGUGAGAAUAGGGACAUCUUUGCGUGGAAGCCUUCUGACAUGCCAGGUGUACCUAGAGAACUCGCUGAGCAUACUCUCAAUGUUGAUCCGAAAUUUAAGCCAGUCAGACAGUUCCUUCGACGGUUUAAUGAGGAGAGGCGGAAAGCCAUUGGUGAGGAAGUGGCCCGGCUCUUGGCGGCCGGGUUUAUUGUUGAAGUUUUUCACCCAGAAUGGUUGGCUAACCCGGUGCUCGUGCUCAAGAAGAACGGCACCUGGCGGAUGUGUGUGGACUACACGGAUUUGAACAAGGCGUGUCCGGCUGAUCCUUUUGCUCUCCCCCGUAUUGAUCAAAUCAUUGAUGCUACGGCGGGUUGUGCACGCUUAAGUUUCUUGGAUGCUUAUUCCGGGUAUCAUCAGAUUAAGAUGGCAGUUAAGGACCAGGAUAAGACGGCGUUCAUCACUCCCUUUGGAGCCUUCUGCUAUGUGUCUAUGCCCUUUGGACUCAAGUGUGCACAGGCGACUUACCAGCGUUGUGUACAGAACUGUCUUCAUAAACAGAUCGGGCGCAAUGUUCACGCUUACGUAGACGAUAUUGUGGUUAAAUCCAUCAAGGAGGAAACCCUGAUAGAUGACUUAAGGGAAACCUUCGAUAAUCUCCGGGUCUACAAGAUGAUGCUUAACCCGGCCAAGUGUGUUUUUGGUGUUCCUGCAGGCAAACUAUUGGGCUUCUUGGUUUCUGACAGAGGCAUUGAGGCUAACCCGGAGAAGAUCAAGGCCAUCACUUCCCUAGCUAAGCCGGCGUGUAUAAAUGACGUUCAGCGUUUGGCGGGUCGCAUCGCUGCUUUAAGCCGGUUUAUAAGCCGUUUGGGUGAGAAGGCUAUGCCCUUAUAUCAGUUGAUGAAGAAAGCUGAUAACUUUGUCUGGAAUGAUGCCGCUAAUACCGCUUUUGAGGAUUUGAAAAAGCAACUGGCAGAGCCCCCCGUCCUUGCUGGCUACCUCGGCAUGCUCCCCACACUCGAGUUGUGGGCAGAGCUCUUCUACAUCAAGCUCUGCACCGCUGCGAAGAAUGAGGCGGCCCAAUGCGGAGCCUGCGUCACGAUGCGCCGCUCGGGAUCUAGGACCCGCUUCCCGGCCCUCGCCAUCCUGCAAUCUGCCAAGCUGUGGCAGAAGUCGUAUUUCUACGUCGAGAACGUGAACUCGUCGCGGGACUACGUCAACUUGCUAACUUACGUAGGCGGCCCUCCUGUCGAGCCCUGUACCCGCUGGCGAUUUUGGCCGAAGAACCUGUCGGCCACCUCCUCCACCGCUCUCGCCUGGUUCCACAAGAUGAUGGAGUCAGAGGGCCUCAGGGCUUCAGACCUGCUGGCCGCCUUCGUGGAACACCGAGUGCUCCCUCUCCAAGCCCGGCCCCACAUCAUCAGCAACAUGAGUGGGCACCGGGAUCCAUGCUGGCUGUCCACCAAGGUGAUGUCGGACAUGGAGGUGGUCCGCAUGGUGAACUUCUUCUCCGGCUGCAAGCUGUCGGAGACGGAGUGGCGGUUUGGCAAGCCGCCGUACAGCGGGGCCAACCCGCCGCCUCCGGAGGAGGACGAUGCCACGGGCGGUGGCGGUGGUGGAGCAGGCAGCUCCUUAGGAGGCGGCCUCGGGGAUUGGCUGGACGAUGAGGAGGAGGAGGACGAACUGCGCCGCACCCAUGGUGCUGACAGGGCGGGCGCCAGCUCUUCAGCCGCGCCGACUGCGGUAGCCGGCGCGCCGAAGCACCGGGCCAAGACCGGGUUGUUCGGCAGCCAGCCCAGGAACUCGGACAGUGCGACCAAGUGGCAGGAGGCCGCCGCGAAGGCGGCCCAGUUCCAGAAGGCCCCAAAGGGGCUCCCACUAGUGACCGAGUAA